UAGGUGUGAAGUGCUCACUCAAGGCCUGUGACCUCUGAAGGCAAGUUGUGUGCUCUUGAUGAAAUAUUGAGUAUUUGUGUAUGAGACCAUGCCUGCUGGUCCUUGAAAGAUUCAUGUCAAGGUUUGGGGUAAACUUUGUUGACCCGAAGCUGUUUAGUUGUGUCCAGGGUUUGUGGUCAACAGCAGCGAUGUUCCCAUUAUGACCAGACAAAUUGUGGCAGCAAGUUCUUUGGUUUUUGCUGUGUUGCCAUACCGUCCAGUUCCCAGCCUUAGUCUUGGAGCCCAGUAUGCCAUGGCGCAGAGGAGUCGUCGCCAAAUAUAUGAAACUGCCUUUGACAGCAAGCCUUCGUCGUGCUUCCGGCAGGUGGAGAAGAAAAACGAGGAUGGAGGGGACCUGAUAGAUCGCAUCGCCAACCACCCUAUCCUACAGCUUUUGAAUCUGCGGAGGCGUUCACGGCAAAGUGGAAACAGUGGUGGAAAUGGUUGUUUCAGAGCCAGGACUCUUCCAGGCAAUGCUAUUGUGGCUUCUACCUCUUCUGAUCCUAAGUUCCAGGUUGGUGUGUAUACUCCGAAAGGUGGUCGUCGCGAUCGAGGUCGUGGCAUAGCACCUCGCCCUGCACGCAGUGUAUCCACUCAUUACAUAACCGAGCACCGUGUCCGCCCUAUUGGAUUAUCAAAGAGUGAUGAUGAAAUUCUUAAUCGUGGGUCUGAUUCCUUGGAUGAAGAUGACUACAUUGAGGAUUACAUAGAAGGUCAGAAUGCUAAAGAACUCUCUGCAGACUUGAAUACCCUUCAUAUGCAGAGUGAUGAUUAUUUUAAAGAAACAGAGAAGGAGAAAAAAAGUUCAAAAAAGAAGAAAAGCAAGUUAAAAGAGCGAGCAGAGCUUAGUAAAUCUCAGGCCAUCCCUGCUAAACUGCCUUUACGACCCUUAGAUUUGCGAAGUCCUCCUGGCACAGCACCAUUGCCCAUUAAAUUCUGCAAAAAAACUCCCAUUGCAGAUAAAAGUCCCUCCAGUUGGUUUAGUCCCCCAAGACAAAAGGAUCUGACCCUCCCUAUAAAGAAAAGCCUAAGUAAAGAACUACUGGGAUUGAGUAGAAAUACACCACCUUGUGAGAGUCACAGCAGCCUCAAUGCCUCCAUGGAGGUGCUUCUUGAUAUUUCUUCUCAGAGGGAUAUAAAAUCAUGUUUUAUGCCCCCUGGAGUGAACGUGAAGUACUCCAGCAUUGAAAGUGUCGUGACGGGAAGUACCAUGUCUAGUCUUGAGAGUUUACGUAGCUCCAUGAGUGACGGUAGCAAGAGCACGGCGAGCAAUGAGUCGGCAAUGAGUAGUUACAAGAGUUCGUCCUUAGGGAGUGAUUCCUCCCUCCUAUCCCGUCCUGCCCUCAACCUCAGUGCUCCCCACCGGUCACUUAUCCAGUCCGCAAAGUUUCAGAUUCUCUCGCCAAUUUCUGAUAAGUCCCAGGAACCAUCAUCUGAAAAUGGAUGCCUUUCCCAGAAAAGUUCUCCGCAAGAUUUGGUAGAAUUACACUCAGCUAUGUCACGUCAGAAGACUCCUUUGCAACCCAGGAAUAUCCAAGAUGAUUUCCGCAACUUUCACCACAUUCUUCCUGGCCCUCCCAGAGAAGGAGAUGUUCAGGGAUCAGAUAGUGGUAUUAGUAUUGAGUAUGGUCUUCACAUAAACAGAAAGCACGAAGCUCCUUAUAGUGACUUACCCUUUGACAUGCCAAAACUUCGUCGACGAUUGGCUGCAGCAAAGAUUGGAAAGACAAGUUUGUCGAGCAGCAACUCUUCAAUCUCUUCCAGUGGUGCCACAAGCGAAGGAAACCCACGACUAAGUCUUCCUCCAAACUUCCAACCCACAGUCAACCCUGCUGUCUCCAGAUUACAAAUUUUGGAGGUUCGCAGUGGCACUUCCUCAUCCAACUCUAGUGACUGGGACACUCGGUCGUCAGCAGAGAGCAGUGAUGAACAAGGCACACCAAAGCUCAGAAACAAAGAUGGUAGCCAAGUUAAAAGUGGACUGGCCUUGGAUCUGGGAUGUGCUGCAAUGGCCAUAAAAGGAGAGAAAGUGGAUGUGAAGCUGCCACUGAUGAAGCAGGGCUGGUACCAUGGUGCAUUGAGCAGAACUGAAGCAGAGGCUACACUCAGAUCAUGCUCAGAAGGCAGCUAUCUCGUGCGCUCUCUUGAUGUCUCUCGCCAUGAAUACUCUCUGGGGUUAAAGUCUGCUCGUGGAUACAUGCAUCUUCGAAUACAGUUUGACUGUAAGACCGGCCAGUACAUGCUAGGGAGGGGCACCAAGCAGUUUUCUUCGGUGCCCCACAUGAUCCAGCACUAUAGCAUUUUUCGACUACCAAUCAAGGGUGCCGAACACAUGGUCCUGCUGCAACCUGUGAUUCAUGAAACCCUUUAGUCAAGCUACAGGAAAAAUUUGUUGUCAGGUUCAUCUGAAGUCAUGUAGAAAUUCUUGUUUUGAAUCUGCAUCAUAAUCAGUGAUCAGUCUUGGAAUACUUCCCGGUUAUGAUCAACAUUUCAUCUGUGGAUGAGAGGGUAAUGGGUUGCGAGCUUAAAACUAAGUCUGAUUGUUACUGAUUGUGUUGUGGGUUCACAGUGAAACCUAGUUGCCAAUCCUUUGCCAAACCUUGUGCAUCUUCCAGAAUUCUUAAUAAUCUUUCUAGUGCAUAUUUAAGUGAAGUACUCAAUGAUAACUUCUACCUUUUCCAGUAGUUUUCAGGCUCCUUCUAGUCAAAUCUUCACUCUCUAUAGAAUGCCCUAUAGUAGAUACCAUGCAUUAUCAUUGUACAGAAAUGUUGUAGGAGAUUGUGCAGUUGCUGCACCACAACUCUUGCUUUUGCUCUAGGUUGGGCCAAUUUUUUUUGUAGAACCAAAAUUACUGUAGAAUCGAAAAUUCCUUCAUCUAUCUAAUAGAUAAGAACAUUCCAAUGCCAGUAUGUAUGGUUUAAUCUAGUACAAAUUGUGAGGAUAUUGUCUACCGAAGAGUACCUCUGGUAAGAGCUCCUGAUAAUGCACACUCUUGAAGUACUGGCCAUGGGGAGAUGUAGCUGGUGGAUUUUGUGAACAUUAGGAAUUAAAUUAACAUUUUGUAGCUCAAGGUCUUGCAGAACACUAUGUAUUUUGCCUGUAAACAUUCCAUGUAUUUUAAGCUACAUAAAAUUUUGCUGCCUGCUGCAUUUUUCUCCAUUAUUU